AUGAACGAUUGGAGAGCUCUGGGGUAUGUCCCGGACAGCGAAGGUGAAGACGAUUACGAUUUAACCCUUUCUACACCCAAAAUAGUCGAAGCGACUGCUGCAGCAGGUACCCGACUCUCAAGCGCUAUAACGAAUGAAAGGACGAACAAGGGAGAAAAGAGGGAUGACCUGGGUAUCUUUGAUUUACCACCAUCAAGUAUAGAAAAUGAAGGACCUUCUGAAGGUCAAAGGAGAGGGAGAGGGAGGCCUCCUAAAAGAGGAAGAGGGGCGAAACGAUUGAGUGUCGGUGGGAGCCAGAGGCCGAAGAAGCAGGCGAGAAUUGAAGAGCCGUCUGGGAAUGUUAUGGCAGAUAUUCCUAGCACUCCAAAAAGCCGAAUUGGUGGAACGAGGGAAACGUCUUCGCCGUACCCGUCGUCUGGGAAUAAAUCUAUCCUGAACCUAUUUUCAAUUGGGGAUGGGGAUAUGACCCUUGAUACAAAUUCUGGAGUAACUAGUCCGAACCGGGGAGAUAUUAAGGGCCUUGACGAGCACGAUAUCGAAGAAGUGGACCUAAUUGAUGAACAUGGUCCGGAUUCAGAUAUUGAAGAUGCUCCUGUGCAGCCUAUUCUACCGGCAGUGAUACCUCCCAGUUCUCCUCCUGUUCCACCCCGGAUAUUUUCUUUGGAGUCGGCCACCAACUCUCCCGCACUACCUUCACGAAAUCUCCUCAUCGAGUCAUACACACACUAUCCAGCACCGCCUACACCUGUGUCUGUAUUUUCCAACCUUGAAGUACGGAUACCAUUUUCCCACAGCGGCCUCACUGAUCCUGCAACACGAAUCAACCUCGACUCCACCACCACGAAUUCCGACGAGCCCAUUCCAGCAGAUGACUUCACCUCCGGGGUUGCACGUAAUCUCCGGACUAGAAAGCCAAUUCAAAUGAAUCCCUACCAACUUGAAUUAGAGAGGUAUAACAGCGACUGGAAAUCAAGAGGCUUGAAACCUGUUAGAUAUAUCUACGACAACUCGAUCCCGCCGCCGAAUAAGAAAGUGCCGGAAAAGGAUUCGCAAGAGGAUGAGUGGAUUAUACCGGAAGGUGAUGAAGAAGAGACUCGGGCUUCAACUUUGCGACAGACACAGAGCUUCCAGUCUGUGGAUCAGGACUCUAUUGAUGUUGAAGGUCAUCGGGGUUUACAUGACAAUGAUGAGGAGCUUCUAGUGCUGGACGAACUCUUUCGACGGUCUGCUAAGGAGAGACCUUCCAGCCCAGGCCAGAAAAGAACAGCUAAGGGGGGUAAAAGGCGAAAAACAAGUCACCCUUCUGAUCCGAGUUUGGAUGCUAGGAGGAUUCUAGAGACAUCAAAGGCCAGUGUAGCACGAGGCAGAAACCUGACCGCCGUGUCUGGAGAAACAGAGCCGUAUCUAUCACGAGACCUUGCGUCCCCCACCCUCGUUCCCAAAACCCCGACUGCAGGGACUAAGAAGACUCGCGACAAAUUUGAUAUAUUUGAUUUGAACUCGUCAGGCUCAGAUUCUGAUUCGAUAGCUAAUAAGCCACCUGCAUCAACUUCAAGGAGGCAAGUUAUUCUCGACUCCGAUGAAAGUGAUGGAGGAGAUACGACACCCCGAGCUGGCUCACCGACUCGACGCAGGCUGUCGGUCUCAAGCUCAUCUGCAUCUGAAGAUGAAGAAGAAUCUCCGAACGACCCCGAGGCACGAGAAAAUGAGAUCCAAAUGUACCAGAGGAGAGUUCGUGGUGUUUUACCCGCGUCCUGGAUAAGAUUUAAUCAGUCUAAAGAACAGGAGAACAAAAACCCUGCGAACCUACACCAUUCCCCACAGGCGCGACCAGUGGUCAAAGGGAUGGCGCAGAUGAGAAUUAGAACUUUAAACAGCCCACCUGCUGGUUCUAUGACUAAUCCAUUGAACCUAAGCUCGUCUGAAAGUUCUGAUGACGACGGUGAUGGUGCUGAGAUAGUGGAGCAGCAUUCGAAAGAUGUCUUCAUUGCUUCAUCUGCACGUUCGCUCACUUUGGACUCAAUAACAGGCACCUCUGCUGGAAGGCAAUAUGCCUUCGAAGAUAAUGGUUUUGACAGAAUGCUGAAUCGGUCUCGCGCAUCGAAUUCCGGGACUAGCAAAAAGAAACCCUCAAAGCCGCGAAACCUACGACAAUCGAAAUUAUUCCGUGAGCAAUCCAAUACCUAUAGCGGGACGCCGUCUAGAAAUCAACAUGUGCCUUCAAAACCUCGACAGAGAUCCGUCGCUCUCAGCGUCGUCGACGCAUGCGAGCGCUAUCGAAAAAACAAAAAAGCGAGCCCUCCACAGUUCAUGCGCAUUGCAGAGAGACUCGCCAAAAAACGAAGGAAUCUUGGAAGGCAUUUACCUGAUCGCAAAGUUGUCGAGAUUGACCGUUUCCUAGAAGAUGAAACCGACAGGGAGGAUACACUAAUGAAAUGGAAAAAGACCAAAGCGAAAGAUGACUCUCCUCUUUCUUCAUCUUCUCAUCGAGAUAAAACUGUGCCAUCAAGCGCCAGACCGCAACAAGCCCGAUCUAAUUUUAGCGCCCUUCCAUCGAUUUACGAGCGACAGCCCACGUAUCUACAAACUAAACUUGCAUCUUAUCGCCUUGAGCAGGAACCCAUACGGCGGCAGAAUCAAAAAUCGCGACUGAAAUCCCAUGUCAUUGCCAAGCCAAUUGCAUUGAUUCCGUCGUCAAUCCACCAACGAAGAAUAGGCCUUGAUGAUUUUCUUCUUCAGCGUCUUAGCUCAAGGCCAAAAAUCGUAGACCCCAUAGAAGAUGAUGAUUUUCGGACCCCGCAGCCUACAAUUCCGCAACACCCUCCUGAUAUCACUCAGCCGCGUCUAUACUCGUCGAAGCCGGCUGUGCAAAAUACCGGAGGCGUUGGUGGUGCUAGAGGGUCAAAGAAUGGACAAUCAGCGUUACCAAAGCGGCGCCACAGGCAGCGGAGGAAAUUGAAUGCCCCGAAACGAAUAGAGCGGAAUGCACUGCCUAUUGCGUUUCAGCCACCAGAAAGACAGCUACGAGAGCUGCCCGAGUCAAUGGAGAUUGACAUGAGCGAUGGGAAAGCUCUCUGGUUUCAAAAUAUGAAAGCAGUUGGAACAACCUACUCUAUCAACUUCGAUAUUACAAUUCCGCAGUGUCAGAAGAGCUUAUUCCAAGCAUCAACCUUUCUGGGCAGCGGGACACUAGCUAGGGCAUUGCAAACCAAUAGUGGGAGGACCUAUCGGUCCGGAAUCAGGGCUCAAGGUGUCGAGAUCUUAGGAAGAUUGUUCAACUGGGAGGUUUACGAAGAAGCUGUUGCUGCAGAGCUGGAAAUCGGGUUGGCUUCUGUCCUCGAUGGAGCAGAGCAGCUUCUAGGCGUAGAAGGUUCCCUUGGGUCCGGGGCCAUUCCAACUAUUUUGGCGAUAAGACAGUUUUUUCGAUAUGUGAUCGAUUAUUUAUCUACAAAGAUUUUCUUUUCAGACCUUAUCGACAUUAGUACAUUUGCUGUACGAUUUUUGGAUAUUUUUUCAGACUUCACCUCGAAAGUUGGAUCGCUCAGAGUGGUUGCAAUUGGGGGGCUCUCGGCGAUAAUCCAGAUGCAGUUCUAUGCUUAUACAUCUAUUUUGGUCCAUCAAAUAUCCUGCAUUGCUGAUGGAGGUAGUGACCAAGUCGGGCUUCAGAAUUUCUGCGGCGAGCUAUCGGAAUCUCUAAUAUCUGUUCUAGCAUCUUACGGGACCUACAGGCUACAGAAAGGAUUUUCACGAGCUUUCCAAAACAUUUUCGCUGCUGACAAGCUAAACGAAGAAGCGAUUUGCUUAGAAUCCUGGAUAAUUGCAUACCAAGUUUCUCUGGUAGCCAAGUCCGACAUGCCACUGCGCAAACCUUCAUUCUGGGAACAUUUUAACACUUUCAUAUGUCCAAAUGCCAUCAAUACAUUAAGGGAUGUUGAAAUUCUUGAUUCCUUGUGGAGGGAGAUAUUCCGUCUACUUCCUCUGUCGGCAAUAGAUGCUAAGGGCAACAUGGAAGCACUCGACGUUGACAAUAUCAAACUAGAUAACUGGGGGUUCGUCAAAGAGUUGAUGGUUCAGUCACUCACAAUUUACAACUCCUCGGGCUUAGAGGGCCGGCUUAAGGCUAAGAAUUAUAUCUGGGCUCUUUUCGCUCGAUGUUUGGUCUUGCUAAGAGACUGGAAGUGGGGGCGACCAGAUGUUAUUAUAGUACCGCUUUUUGAUACAUAUGGGAAAAGGUUGCAGAAUUUGGCGGGAGAGAACAACCCUAGAGACCCUAGCUUUUUAGAGCACCUAGAUGGACCCUCUUUUUCAUCUACGCCAUCCGAAAUGUGUUUUUCUAUAUUUUCGAAAAUAGUGGCUCUUGGAACCAAGCGGAUGCAGCUACACAAUUCAAAGGGCCUAGGUGAUCUUGUGAUCAGGAUUAUACCUAACCAUGGAAGAGUGUUUCUGAAGGAAAAUAACAAUGACUGGGCAAACGUCGAUAUGCUGGCAAAUCACCAUUAUUUGCUUACAGCUUUAUAUUACGGUGCAAGUCAUGACUUAAAGAGGAGGAUCGCUGGGAUUGUUAGGCGACUAGUUGAUCCUGAAAAAUCUCACGCCAAAGUCUGCGCUCUCAAUCUACGAGCUUGGGCGAACAUCUUGAUUUGCGAAUUGGCAGAUGGGAAGAGAGAAGAAAUUCUGAAAGAUUUGAUGAAGUGGCAUUCUAGCAUCGUCCAAACCACAGUCCGGCUUCACAGGGAGAAUGAUUCUUGGCUCGAGGAAGAGAGAAAGAAACUAUUCGAUCCACAAGUGAUAUCGAAGCUCGAAAAAGAUGCCAUUGAUAAUAGAAAAAAUGUCGAGAGUGUGCUCGCCAGUGCAAUGGAUUUGCUGAAGAUGGUGUUUAGAAAGGAAAUAUGCGACUUUUAUUCUGCGGAGUUCGUGCUAGGCGCGGAUUCUCUAAAGACUAUUUAUGCGCUGGCCAGUAAUCUACCCCAGGCUUUGGUCGCUAAUGCGGUUCAGAUUCUCUCUUUUCAUAUUAAAGUUUGCAGGGACUUUGGUAUUUCGUCUGCAAAGGAUGAUAGCCAGGAGAGUUGGGCAGGCUUCAAUGAUAUAGAGAGUGAAGGGUUCAAGAAAACCGCGGCAAAGAGGCUACUGGAUGAACUGUACGAUCCGAUGUUUCGACUUCUCAAUACCUACUUUGCAGGCCGAGGAAAAAAUCUGGAUAAUGUUCUGGGACCUUGCAUCAAAACUUGGGUUGAGUUGGGAGCCUUUCUAGUGCAAUAUGGGCUCAAGACUUGGGACGACUAUUUCAACCGUUAUCAAAAAUCAUGGUUUUCUAUGGUGGACACGGAUACGAAGAAGGUAUACUCGGUCUUCUACGUGACAAAUAUCAUACAGAUCGACCCAGGUGUCUAUGAUACACACAAGACACAAAUACUCGAGCUAUGGGCUCAAUCUUUGGUGGAACGUGCUUCACUUUUGAAGUUCCAGCACGAGCUCACUGCAGUCUUGUUCAACCACGAUCUUGGAAACACAUUGUUCUCUAAUAUGCCGUUUGAAGUCGAUGAAGAAACUGAACAAUAUCGCAUCAGUGCGGUCACCUUUAAGGAGCGGCGAUUAUCUUUGUUAGGGAUGUUAUUAGAUAAUAUGCAGCGGGAGAUGGUGAAGGUGACCGACGAAAGGGACCAGGGCAAAGCGAAGACGCUAAAGACGGAGUAUGUCUUAAUACUCCAGGGACUUAUGAAAGCUAUGAAAGAUAAUUACAUGGCAAUCCAUGCAUCGAAGAACUCCUCCAACAAGUCUCUCAAUACGACUCUCCUACAACAACAACUUGACGAAAAGACGACGAGCGACUAUGUCACCUUUUGUCAACAGAUUGUAGAGCAUCUACAAAAAUAUACAACUGAUAUAUGCGCUAUCGACAAGUUCUUUGUUGACUCAGUGAUCUUCCCGUUGCCGAAGAAUGAUCCGACUUAUGUUACUUCGAAACUCAAGGGAUACUUCUUAAAGUUGAAAACGGAACGAAGAGGGUGGUUUGUUCAAUUUUUACAGUUUUGGAAUAAUACCGUGGGGAGGGUAGCGGUUGACAAGCAGCAGGAGUACUUUGUCGAGCAGACCUUGGGGGCGUUUGAUAUUGGAGAAAGAUAUAUGGUUGAGCAAGGCGGAGGUGGCAGGACGUCCAGGGAGUUCUGCGUCAUCGCUAUGUUUGGUGCUUAUACCAGAAGGUGUAUGGAAGGGAUUGGGAAUCUUGUGGUUGCAGUCCCGAUCUUGGGGGUUCUGGAGAAAGUUGCCCUGGGGUUGGAGUUGGAGUUUGAUGCUUUGGAAGAGGAAAAAGAGGUUGAUGGGCGAAUCUCAGGACUGUUGGUAGCAAUUUUGGAACCAGUUAGAGUGGCGAUUGAGGCUGCUAUCAGUAUGGAUGACAGGGUGCUGAAUGAGCCUCUAGCGCUGCAUGUUGUUGAAUUGCUUGCUAGAGUAGUCGGGGCCUGUGAUUACAUGGUCAAUCUGCUGCAUCUGAGAGAUAAUCAUGUCUCAGAGGAGCUGGCACAAGAUCUGUUGAAGAUUGCAGUGAGAGGCCUCUCAAGGUUUAAGGCUUGCAUGACCGGGCGGGUCGUACCGGAACAGCUGGAUAUGGUGAUGUUUGAGCCGAAUUUGCCGUUUCAAGCUGAACGGAGGAGAUUUGAUACUGAAUAUAAUGUAGAGAUAGAGAAAUGGAGGGUUGAGGGUAGAGAGUUAUUUGUGAAGAGGGCUGCUGUGAGGAAGGAAGUUGAGUGGGAUCAUCUAAUUUCUGGGAUGGGGCUGGCGGAAUCGAAGGAAAGAUUAUUAGGGAGGAUUGAGAAAGUCAUGCAGCUGGUUGGUGUGGGUGUAUGCGGAGGGGUUGUAAGGGAAGUUGAGGGGAAUGUAGUGGAAGUGAGAAAGCCCAUUUGUAGAUGGGCUGAUGAGUUAUUGGGGAUUGGGGAGAGAGAGCUCGAGGGAGGGUUUCAUGAAGUUGAGACUGAGGUGUUCGAUAUGGAUGACUAG